UGUCAAUUUCUGUUAAUUGCUUAGUUGUUUGAAAAUAUGUAUUUUUUUAUAUCUUGUAUCAGGAACGAAGGGAAUGUCGAAGAAAUAGAGAAAAUUAUAUUCUAAAACGUUCAUUUGUAUCUAUAAUCUGUUAUUCCUAUUAAAUUAAUUUGUUUUAGGCAUGUGGUUGGUGGUUCCUAUGGUUUCUCUUUUGAUACGCGCGAUUCUCGCAAAUUCAGAAGUCGACGAUAUAGUCCUACCGGACAUAAUGGACCUGGAAAACGAAAGCAACGAUAUACUGACCGAUAAUUAUACCGACAGACCUGGGAACGAUAUAUGGAAAGUGUGGAAAAAGACAUCGUUCGACCCUUGGAGUGGUAAACGAGCAAAAGAGUAUUCUCGAUCGAAAGUCGACUCACAAGGGAAACGAACGAAACUUACACACGAUUGGUACGAUCGAGACACACCUACGAAUGAAUUUAGCAAUGUUAAAAGAAUAACAGAAAGCGUCGAAUGGACACCUUUUAAUAGUUGGGGUGGAAAAAGAGCGGAGAAACUGAACAAUCGAGAUUCAGUUUUAGCAUUAACGAGAGAUCCUCAUAACCUUCGCCUGAUGGCAAAAGAUGAACUCAUUGCAGGAAGAAAACUUGGCGACGAAAAACUCGCGACCGAGAUGAAGAAUUGGUUAUCUUCUAUGUGUAACACCUGUGCCAAAAAACAUUGUUGCAGUGAAAUUGAGAAGAAAACGGAGCAAAACGAACAAUAUAAGAAACCCAGAGCGUGGGGUCCAUGGCAUGGGAAAAGAAGUUUAAAAACAUAUACCUUUCGUUUCGGAAAUGAAUAUUUCACGAUACCGGCCGAUUCUAUAAAAGGCGAGAGGAACUUUUCUCCUUUCAGAAAACACAAUUAAUCGCGCACUGAUUAUUCUAUCCGAUUAGAUAAAUCCAUAGAACGUCAUAAAAUUUGUAAAGCAGUUUGGCGCGUUCGAUUCUAUUUUGUACAAUCGCGUAUCUUCUGUUUGGAACACGUUUAUCUAAUCUAAUUGUGCAGGAGAUUAGGAAUAAAUAAGUUCUUUAAUAUCUGUAACAUUCGAAUUUUGGGUGCAAAAUAUGUCAAGUGAUAUAUGUACACAUAUGUGUUAUAUAGCAUUAUGAAUAAAUAUCUGUUUAAUCAGAAUUCCCUUGCGGAUUCUA